AUGGCCAUCCCAAAGCCUCGGUGGGUCAGCCACCUGCCGUUCCUGGGCACCAUGGGCCUAGCGGUGGCAGUCAUCAGCCUGCUCUUCUACGCGCUGCUCUGGAAGGCCGGCAACAUCCUGGAGCUGCCCGACCUGCGCAUCGGCUUCUACAACUUAUGCCUGUGGAACGACAGUCUCGGUCAUCUGCAGUGCCCGCAGCCCCCUGAACUGGCCGCCCUGGGCGUGUCGUGGGCUGGCCUGGCCCUGGCCCGGCUGGGCGUCUAUGGGGCCCUGGUCCUCACCCUCUUCGUCCCCAUGCCCCUCCUCCUGGCCCGGUGCAAGGGGGAAGUGGGCGAGUGGCAGCUGGCUGUGGGCUUCGUGGCGGCCUCCUCAGUGCUGCUGGCCAGUGGCAUGGGCCUCUUCCUCACCUCCAUGUGGAGAUGGCUCCAGAUGGACCUGCUGGGGCCAGGCUUUCUGGCUCUGUGCUCGGCCCAGGUCUUGCUGCUUCUCCUGCUUACGGCCAUGGUGGCCUUCCCUCAGUGGGCAAGGAAGGACGAGCCAGGUGGAGAGCUGCUAGUCCUGUCGUGCUCACGCCACUAA